AUGAAGCGGCAGACAGUAACAGACAAGUGCUGGCUAAUUGUUAAUGGUAUAUCCUGUAAGUGGGGAAACGAGAGACUCUUUUUUAUCUAUCUAUCUAUCUAUCUAUCUAUUUCAUUAUCUGUCUUAUUUAUCUUCUUUCUUUCUUUCUACUUGAUAUCCAUCUACCUAUCUACUUUCUUUCUUUCAACGAUGGUAUCUAUCUAUCUAUCUAUCUGUCUCAGUCUAUUCAUUUCUGUCUUUUUUGCAUUAUCUAUCUAUCUAUCUAUCUAUCUAUCUAUCUAUCUAUCUAUCUAUCUAUCUAUCAACUUGAGCAUAUCUAUCUAUCUAUCUAUCUAUCUAUCUAUCUAUCUAUCUGUCUCAUCUCUAUUCAUUUCUGUCUAUCUAUCUAUCUAUCUAUCUAUCUAUCUAUCUAUCUAUCUAUCUAUCUCAGUCUAUUCAUUUCUGUCUUUUUUGCAUUAUCUAUCUAUCUAUCUAUCUAUCUAUCUAUCUAUCUAUCUAUCUAUCUAUCUAUCUAUCUGUCUCAGUCUAUUCAUUUCUGUCUUUUUUGCAUUAUCUACCUAUCUACUUUCUUUCUUUCAACGAUGGUAUCUAUCUAUCUAUCUAUCUAUCUAUCUAUCUAUCUAUCUAUCUAUCUAUGACACGCCUUUCUUUCCUUCCAUCUUUCUUUCUUUCAUCUUGAUUAUAUAUAUCGUUGAUAAGAUAAGUUCCUUGUCUUUAUUCAUAUCUAUCUAUCUAUCUAUCUAUCUAUCUAUCUAUCUAUCUAUCUAUCUAAGUACGGAUAUGCAUAAUGAAUAG